UUCGAGCAACAAUCGUGAUAUACGUCUGUCGUGAUGCAGUCCGGAAUAGAAUGCUUGGUGCUUCACCUGCUAGCUGCUAUAGGAGUGUACACAGGAGCCAUAUUUUUAUAUGACUGCGUUAGAUCACCGUUAGCAAUUCUGUGGAGUGUUAUUUUUCCGAACAAUAAACCGCUCAGUAAGCGGUACGGACCAUGGGCCGUAAUCACCGGAUCUUCCGAUGGCAUCGGAAAACAAUACGCACUUAACUUAGCCAGCAAAGGCAUGAAUGUGUUUCUGAUUUCAAGAACUGAAUCCAAGCUAGUGGAUAUUGCAGAGAAAAUACGGGCGCAAUAUUCCGUUGAAGUCCAGUGGCUGGCAAUCGAUUUUGCCCAGAGUGCAAAAAUUUAUGAAACCAUACGAAAAUCCCUCACUGGACUUGAGAUUGGAAUUUUAGUUAACAACGUCGGAGUGGCGGAAAAGAAUCCUUUAGCUUUUGAUGAAAUUGCGAUCGAAAAUGUAAAACAAUCUGUGUCUAUCAACGUAAUGGCUGCUUUGCAGAUGACCUACAUGCUGCUACCGGAGAUGAAGCAACGACGCUGCGGAUUAAUCAUUAACAUAUCCUCCGUCGCUGGAUAUUUUCCGAUGCCUUUCUAUAGCCUGUAUGGAGCUUCAAAAGCGUAUUUAAACAGUUUCACAUUAGCUCUUGGACAGGAACUUCGUGGUUCGGGAGUCGAAUGUCAAUUAGUAACCCCGUUGUUCGUUCGUACCAAAAUCAACGAAUUGGUUCACUACGAUAAGUUUUGGACCACUAUUUUAACUGACGUCGAGAAUUUCACCAAACAAGCAGUGUUCACCAUUGGCCGCUCAAACUGUACCACCGGAUACUGGGUGCACGGAUUGCAGUUCACAUUCAUGCGGUUAGUCCCGAAAAAAGUUCUUACAACCCUAUGGUACUACUGUGGAUUACUUUACAGAAAGCAGGGACGGAAAUCAUAAGAGCAAUUUUAUACGAAAACGUGCCUUUUUAGCGUUCUUUACCUUGUACUUUUUACUCUACCCAAAAAAAUAGUCGCUACCAUAUUGAAA